AUGGCUUCUUCCAGGGAUUUCCUCAAGGCCGUCGAAAACCGCAGAAGCAUCUACCAAUUGACCAACAAGAUCCCCAUCUCUGAUGCUCGUGUUGAGGAGAUUGCGAAACACAACAUCCUCCACGUUCCCAGCAGUUUCAACUCACAAUCUACCCGUAUCGUUCUUCUCCUCAAUGAGGAACACGAGAAGUUCUGGGAGAUCACCAAGGAGGUCCUGAAGCCUCAGAUGCCCGAGGAGCAGUUCCCUCAGACUGAAAAGAAGCUUGACGGCUUCAAGGCUGGUCACGGCACUAUCCUCUUCUACGAAGACCCCAACCCCGUCAAGAAGCUUCAGUCUCAGUUCGCUCUCUACGCUCAGCACUUCCCCGGCUGGGCUACUCAAUCCAAUGCCAUGGCACAAUACCACCUCUGGACUGCCCUUGAGGCAGAAGGCUGUGGCGCCAAUCUUCAGCACUACAACCCUGUGGUGGACUCAAGAGUUUGCACCGAGUGGAACGUACCUCAGGAGUGGGAGCUCAAGGCUCAGCUUGUGUUUGGUGGUGUCGCAGAGGGUGCCCGCGAAGCUGUCGAGAAGAACCCGAAGCAGCAGCAGCCCCUCGAAGAGAGACUCUUCAUCCACGGCAGCAAGGCUUAG